AUGUUUGGUUUGUGGCAGGCUCUUCGGGAGGUCUUCCCAGGUACAUCUCUACAUGGGUGUGCUUUCCACUGGGCUCAGUCCAUCAUUCGUCAUGUGAAGGAGCAUGGUCUCGCCAAAACUUACCAGGACAGGACAACCGUUCACCAGCUGAUAAGCAAGCUACUUGCUCUUCCUUUUCUACCAGGUCGGGACAUCGAGAGAGCGUUCCAACGUCUGAGGGACCGGGCCAUGACCAGCUCGCAGCCAGUGCGGGAUCUUUUCCAAUACGUCUGGGACCAGUGGUUGUGCUCAAGUGUGUGGACGGUCGAUGAGUGGAGUGUCUACAAGCAGCCUGUACGCACAAACAACGACUGUGAGGGUUGGCACCGGCACCUCAACCAGAAAGCUGGACGCAGCACGCUGCCAUUCUACGUGCUAGUUCCACUUCUUCAUCAGGAAGGAAAGUUGGUUUCAAUCACUGUUGCUCUUGUGUCUCAACAGGCAGUGAUAAGGAACCGCCGCCAAGUGUAUGUGUCAAUGGACAGUCGUAUUGGCGAUCUUUGGGACAAAUACGAUGACCAUGACAUUGUGUGCGAAGACUUUCUUGCACAGGUUGGUGAGAUCUAUGGCCGUAUGUAAAUCCUCAAUUAAAUUGAAAAAACAGUGCCAGUGACUGACCAGUAUCAAGUAAAUAGUGUACAAAGUGUAUUAUAUUUUAUGUGAUGUAUUUUUCUUAUUUGUGUCUUUGUUGUCUUCUGUUUGAUUUGUAUGUUUUACAGUCUUCUGUCUUUUGUAUAAUGUUUAUAUAUUUAUGUU